ACCUCCCAAACCAAGCCGAGAUUUUGCAUUAUCCGUUUAUUACCAUUUUUCUUCUUCUUUCUCCUUCUUCUUCUCUCUUUUAACUCCACACUCGUUGCUCUCAUGAAUCACCUGCUCCCUCUUUAACCCCCUCCUCGAUCGAAUUUCGUCGUUUUUUGUUUCUUCCUUUGAUUUUCACUCUGAUUUUCCCAGAACAGAGAAAAUGGAUGAUAACAAUGGCGAUCAUCAGACGAAACCCGCACCUCGCCUCAAUGGAUUCACUAUUCUGUGUGCUCUUCUUGCCUCCGUCACUUCCGUUCUCCUUGGAUAUGAUAUUGGGGCUAUGAGCGGUGCUUCGGUUUUGAUUAAGGAGGACAUGGGGAUCUCUUCUUCAAAACAAGAAAUCCUGGUGGGUGUUUUGAAUGUGUUCUCUCUGUUUGGAUCGCUUGCUUCUGGAAAAAUGUCCGAUUGGAUUGGCCGCCGAUACACCAUUGUGUUUGCCGCAUUCACGUUUUUUUUAGGUGCCGUUUUGAUGGGUCUCGCGCCCAAUUUUUGGGUUCUCUUGGUCGGUCGGAUGGUCGCCGGAAUUGGCGUCGGCUGUGCCCUCAUGAUUGCCCCUCUCUACACCGCCGAGCUCUCUCCGGCCAUGAGCCGCGGCCUCCUCACCUCCCUUCCCGAAGUCUUCAUCACUUUCGGCAUCCUGCUCGGCUACAUAAUUAACUACUGCCUCGCCAGUCUUCCGUUACACCUGGGCUGGAGGCUCAUGCUCGGCCUCGCCGCCGCGCCCGCAAUUGCCAUCGCUUUCGGCGUCAUAGCCAUGCCGGAAUCCCCUCGUUGGCUCGCCAUGAAAGGGAAGGUCGCCCGGGCAAAAAAGGUCCUCCUGAAAACCUCAUCGUCGCCGGAGGAAGCGGAACAAAGACUCCAGGAAAUUACCACAGCGGCGGCAAUGGUCACCGGCGGCGAAGGGGAUUUCCGCGGGGAAGGUGUCUGGAAGGAGCUAUUGCUGAGACCCUCACCAGCAGUCCGUCGCAUGCUGGUCACUGCCAUCGGAAUGAACUUCUUCAUGCAAGCCUCCGGAAACGACGCCGUUGUGUACUAUUGCCCGGAAGUGUUCAGAGCCGCCGGGAUCCACAACAAGAAACAACUCUUCGGCGUGAACGUGAUCAUGGGCUUAGCCAAAACUUCAUUCGUUCUGCUCUCUGCUCUGUACCUAGACAAGUUUGGAAGGCGACCCCUAUUGUUAUUGGGCUCAACGGGUAUGUCCAUCUCUCUAGCUGGGCUCGGAGUGGGCUCAUUGUUUCUACAGAAAUCAGUCAGGAAGCCACUUUGGGCCAUCAUCCUGUGUGUGGUGGCAGUGUGUGCUGACGUGUCAUUCUUUUCAAUUGGGCUUGGGCCCAUAACGUGGGUAUACUCGUCGGAAAUAUUUCCGACAAGGAUGAGGGCCCAAGGUUCAAGCUUGGCGAUAUCUGUGAACAGGCUCGUCUCCGGCGUGGUGUCGAUGACGUUCUUGACGAUAUCAAAGAAGAUAACGUUCGCCGGAAUGUUCUUCGUGUUGUGUGGGAUAAUGGUGGUGGGGACACUGUUCUUUUAUGUGUUCAUACCAGAGACCAAAGGGAAGAGCUUGGAAGAAUUGGAGACAUUGUUUGAGAAAAAACCCAAAGCUGAUGAACACAGGGAAACCGAAAUGGGGGCUGUUUAGGGUUGUUAAUUGUAAUUUUAAUGAUGUGGAAUUAUUGUAGUUGGGCUUUCAAGGUUUUCGUGCCUCUUGCCUUCUGUGUUAACCGGGUCCAGAGGGUAAUUUUUGUUUUUUGGGGGACUUGGUUGCCAUCCUCCUUUUGUAAUUAUGCAGAUUUGAUACGAAGGAAAGAA